AUGAUGCCGGAGAGCGCAACGCUGCGGCGCGUAGCUUGCACGCGGUGCCUCUCCCCGCGUUGCUUGCUCCUAUGCAGCCUCACGUUACUCUUCUUCCUGCUUCGUCGAAUGACUGUUGAUAUACAUAUACUGAAAGAGCUCGAUGGCCAGCAUCGUGCGCUUUCAAACCGCUGCUUGAAACCUCUGAUACACUUUCCGGAACUGCAUGCUCUGUUCCAACUUUCCUAUGGUAUCGCGAGCAUCGUCAAGCGUCUCGCGAUUCUCGGAAGAGAAUGCAUUCGCCCCGCAGAGAUCAGCGAUGGAUCCUGCAAACCAGGCAACGGGCAAGCAUUCGAACCAGAGCAGGGUCUUCAGCGCGUCUGCACGAAGCUCUUGCCGCUUAUUCCGACCUGGAGGCAGGCGAUUGUGAAUGAAUGGACGAGCGCGACAACGACGACCUACGGCACGCCAUCGCGUCUAUACGAGCGGGGACAGCCUGCCUCUGAAGCAGGCCUGGAGCUCCGCCUCGUCGAUCACUGCCAUGCGACCCUGGACCUGGGUCCAGUCGCCCUGGACAGACGUACCCGAGUACUGGCUCGCUCUGUUGGGAAGAGGACUGCCCCAGAAACGGCGCCUCUUCUGCAGUUCUCGCGUGCUGUAUUUGGUCUCUCAUGUUGUGACGAUCUGAUGCGCUCCAAUGAGAGCACACACCGGCUGGCGACGCUCGUUCGAGACCGGAUUCCAGAUGCGGCUGUCGUGUGCUGCAUUGCAAGCUCCGAAAAGUGA